CGCUGUGGGGCCGCGGGGAGCGCCGAGAGGGCGGAAGUGACGUAGCGGAAGCGAAGCGGCGGCCGCCAUAGCAACGGCGGGAUGAACGCGCCUCCGGCCUUCGAGUCCUUCCUGCUCUUCGAGGGCGAGAAAAAGAUCACCAUCAACAAGGACACCAAGGUGCCCAACGCCUGCCUGUUCACCAUCAACAAGGAGGACCACACGCUCGGGAACAUCAUCAAGUCGCAGCUGCUCAAGGACCCGCAGGUGCUGUUCGCGGGGUACAAGGUCCCACACCCCCUGGAACAUAAAAUCAUCAUCCGAGUGCAAACCACGCCGGAUUACAGCCCGCAGGAGGCGUUCACCAAUGCCAUCACAGACCUGAUCAGCGAGCUCUCCCUCCUGGAGGAGAGGUUCAGGGUUGCUAUUAAGGACAAACAAGAAGGAAUUGAGUGAAGUGGAGCAGGCUGUUACUUCCGAGGCACAAUGACGUGUUUGUUACUGGAUGAAAUACUCAAACCUCCACUCAUGGCAAAUAUUUUCUCCCUUGUCCCACUGCUGUUUAAUUUUUGACAGCAAUAUUUUGAAUUUUGGUUUGGUUUUUUUUUUCAUAGCAGACAGGCACUUUGCCAAGAGGAUAAAUGUCGGGUUGGAUUUGGUGGAUAGGUCAUUAAAGUGAUUUUUAGUUUUCUAAUUGGAGCCUUAGGGCAAAUAUUUGUCCUGGGCUGUUGGGGAGGUUGCUGUGGGGAGGAUUCCAGCAUGAGAAGCUGCUCAGCUGUAGAUGAACUCUCUGCUUUUCCUGCCAAAAACUCCAGGCACUGCCAGCUGAACUGGUAUUUUGUUUUAUUAAGUGUCAUUUCUACAAAACAAAUGCACAAAUUGUGAAAACUUACAGUAAAAGAAACCGGAUGUUUACAAUGAACUGAUGACUUUAACAAA